GUAAUGAGUCUUUGAGUGGGAGUCUUGUCUUACCAAUUUUAACAAAAGUAAAUAAAUAAAAAACAGCAUCAUUUAACCUCGUUCUAUCCUGCUUUCUCUCUCCUCCUAAACUCUUAAAAAUGUCUCGAAGAUUCUUCGUCGGCGGCAACUGGAAAUGCAAUGGAACGACCGAGGAAGUGAGAAAACUUUUGACCACAUUGAAUGAAGCCGAAGUUCCAUCAGAAGAGGACGUUGAGGUUGUGGUUAGCCCCCCAUUCGUAUUUCUUACUCUGGUAAAAAAUUUGUUGAGGACUGAUUUCCAUGUGGCUGCACAAAACUGUUGGGUACGGAAGGGUGGUGCUUUCACUGGUGAAAUUAGUGCAGAUAUGCUUGUCAAUUUGGGUAUCAACUGGGUCAUCCUGGGUCAUUCAGAGAGAAGAGCCCUAUUAAAUGAGACAAAUGAUUUUGUUGCAGACAAGGUAUCAUAUGCACUUUCCCAGGGCCUGAAAGUGAUUGCUUGCGUCGGUGAGACUUUGGAGCAGCGUGAAGCGGGGAGUACAAUGGAAGUGGUUGCGGCUCAAACUAAAGCCAUUGCUGACCUCAUAAUGAACUGGGAUAAUGUUGUUGUGGCUUAUGAACCAGUCUGGGCCAUUGGAACUGGAAAGGUUGCAACCCCUGAUCAGGCUCAAGAAGUUCAUUUCGAACUGAGGAAAUGGCUCAAGGAGAAUGUCAGUGCCGAAGUUGCUGAAUCAACUAGAAUUAUAUACGGAGGAUCAGUAAAUGCAGCUAACUGCAAAGAGUUGGCAGCAAAGCCAGAUGUUGAUGGAUUUUUGGUCGGUGGAGCUUCCCUAAAGCCGGAGUUUGUGGAGAUCAUCAAGGCUGCUACAGUGAAGAAGGGAGCUUAGAGUAUUGAUCCAGCCAAGUUUCCAAAUAGCUUCUUGCACUUCUUACUUCUAUUAUGAGUACUUUUGCAGGUCCCAAGGUUUCUGUGAAGAGAAUGUCAAAACUAACAAUAAAUUGGCCAAGGUUCUUUCCCCAAGUUGGCUUCUUUUUGGUCAAUGUGAAUAAAAUGUCAAGCUUAUAUUUUGAAUGGUUA